GGUCUGACUUCUUUGACUGACUAGUCAAGGUUUGAUGUUGCUACCUGAUUCUUAAGAAUCACAAGAGCUUCGAGGAUCAAAAGGGAGAAAUAAGCAAUAUAAGAAGUACUUAUAUCUAACGUUCCACAUGUUCGGAUAAGCAAUUUCGAUUCUAAUUCCAUUUCGUUUAAAAGUUUAUUUAUAUUGCAAUGCAAAUCAGGCAAAGGAAAACAAAAAAAAGACAAAAUGGGUGAUCAUUUUGCGAAAAUUGUAAAAUCCAACCAAAUCUAGGAAACUGUCAGAUGCUUGAGAAAGACGAAGUUUUUCAAGAAAAUCGGAUGAGAAAGCAUAAUUUAUAUUUUAAAAAAAUGUUUGUUUCCCCCAAAAAGAAUAAGUCCAUCUCAUACAAAGGAAUCUUUUUUUUGAUUUGUAUCUUUUUUGCCAUUGUUUUGACGCUUGUACAUGUUAACUUCUCACAGAAAAGAACCCAUUUACAAAAAAAGCAGAAAGAAAUUGAUAUGGAAAAAUUGAAUAUAAAAGGAUGUAACCAUAUUGAAGUUGAAGAUGUGUGGAUUACUCCAUUGCCAAAGUUGCUGACUGAAUCUGCGUUUAGAUUAUUAGAUGUAAAUCAAGAUGGAAUUCUGGACGUUGUAUUUGGUUUUGCAACGGGUGCGGAUGGAUAUUUUAUACCAAGAAUUGUUUGCGACAUCUACUUUAACGGUACGUAUCCUUGCUUUGGUGGCAUGAUUGCCCUAGAUGGCAGGAACGGGAAAGAAAUAUGGAGACAUUAUUCCGAUCAUGAAGUGUUUGGUAUAAACUGUAACGCCGACCUGAAUUUGGAUGGUGUGGGCGACUGUCUUGGUGGAGGAAGAGCUGGGGUUUUUGUUGCGGUGAAUGGACGAACUGGAGAUUUAUUAUGGAAGUUUGAAAAUGAAGACGUAAGAAACGGAAUAAUGAAUCUGUAUACUGCUCAUAUUAUUGAUGACAUGAACGGAGAUUCCGUGGUAGACAUACUGGCAAUUCACGGCGGUGAUCCUCUAAGUAAACCAG